UCAUUGGCUACGGUUUCUAGAUCCCCAUCGAGCACCAUCGCCGCAGCGCAGGCCUAGUUCAUGAAAGGAAUUCGUUGUAGAGGCCUCGAAACGUAGUAAUUAUAUUCAAUUCUUUUGAAUAGUCUUGGCACAAAGGCAGCCAUUGCUUGAACAGCGAGAUCACAGACUGUCGGGAUAAGCCGUAAGUUUGUUGUGUGUGACUGUGUCUUGUUUCGAUAACCUGCUGUUUAUAAACUCUGUUGUCAUGUUAACAUAAGGAUCGACGGUUUCGGGACAUGAACUUUGGGAUCUAAAUGUGUGUACGGAUCUAAGAUGGCGCGGGGAUCGUUAUGUUUAGUGUUGCUGACAAUUCUAUUGCACCAAUGCGCCAUUCUAAACGUGAGUAAGGCCCAGGGGCCUGGAGGAUUCUCUGGUACCGGGACUCGUACCAAUUCGAAAUGUGAACCGAUUGCUAUCCCAUUGUGCAAAGAUAUUAUUUACAAUGAAACCAUUAUGCCAAAUUUGCUGGCCCAUCAACACCAGGACGAUGCCGGGCUGGAAGUGCAUCAGUUUUUUCCCCUGGUAAAAGUCCAGUGUAGUCCCCAGCUCCGACUAUUUCUGUGUACUAUGUAUGUGCCCGUUUGUACAGUUCUGGAGGAGCCGAUCCCGCCCUGUCAGUCUCUCUGUAACCAGGCCAGAAAUGGGUGUGAGAGCCUUAUGAACAAAUUCGGAUUUCAGUGGCCAGAUACACUUGAGUGCAGCAAAUUCCCACCCAGGGGUCUGUGUGUUGGAGAAAACAACACAGACCCUGACAGCACCCCCGGCACAGGUACCGGCGGGGGCGUCGACCCAGGGACCGGAAUCCCAGGAGGAGGGGGUACAGUCAUAUUCCCAAACAAUGGCUAUUACCCUGAUCAGGUAUUCAACACAACACGACGACACAACUUUGAAUGCCCAGUAGAUUUGAAGGUGAACCAGGGUUUUGACUACCGUCUAAAGAUUAAGAAUCAUGUGUUUCGAGACUGUGGUGCCCCAUGUCACGAUAUGUUUUUCACAACAGCAAAAUUGGAAACUGCACGUCUUUGGAUAGGUAUAUGGUCCUGUAUUUGUCUUGGAUCUACACUGUUUACAGUUUUGACAUUCCUCAUUGACAUGACCCGAUUCCGUUACCCGGAGCGUCCAAUUAUAUUCUUGUCAGGAUGUUACUUUAUGGUGGCACUGGCCUAUGUGAUUGGUUUCUCCCUCGACAAAGACAGUGUCGCAUGUCACAAAUUUCCUGACCGUGAAGAGUCGCUGGUAACACAAGGGACGAAAAAGGAAUGGUGCACUAUUCUAUUUAUGAUGCUCUUCUUCUUCAGCAUGGCCAGCUCCAUUUGGUGGGUAAUUUUGACCUUGACAUGGUUUCUGGCUGCUGGAAUGAAAUGGGGUCAUGAGGCCAUAGAAGCAAACUCUCAGUAUUUCCACCUUGCUGCUUGGGCUGUUCCGGCUAUCAAAACUAUCGCGAUACUGGCCAUGGGUCAGGUUGACGGGGACGUUCUCAGUGGAGUAUGUUUUACUGGUAUAUUUGACGUGGAUGCGCUUCGUGGAUUCGUGCUAGCCCCACUAGUGUUAUACCUAAUAAUUGGGACCUCAUUUUUACUUGCAGGAUUUGUUUCAUUAUUUCGUAUUAGAACAAUUAUGAAAAGUGACGGUACAAAGACCGAUAAACUGGAGAAAUUAAUGGUGAGAAUAGGAAUAUUUUCUGUUCUUUACACCGUUCCAGCGACCAUAGUGAUCGCAUGCUACUUCUACGAACAGUCAUUCCGUGAUGACUGGAUGGCGUCCUGGUUUUACAGGAAGUGUUCGUUGUCACGGACCACAUGUCUGGGAGAUAUGCCGAUCAACCACAACCCAGAUUUUAAUGUGUUCAUGAUCAAGUAUUUGAUGACUGUCAUUGUGGGUAUCACCUCAGGGGUGUGGAUCUGGACCGGCAAGACUGUAAGUUCCUGGAAAGGUUUUUACGCGCGACUUUGUGGUGGUUCUAAAAAGCAGUCGGAAACUGUUGUGUAAUGUAUGCCCGGUAUACAUGUGCAGUCCAUGUUUGGAUGUACACUUGAAUUCAGUCAUUAUUCGGAUGUGUUAUGUACAUGUAACAUGUGGUCGUUUUCCAGAUAUGAAAUUGUGUUAUCAAGAUGUGUCAUGCACAUGUACAGCGCUUGCAGUGCUAGGGUUGUGCCGGUCUAUUGAUCUGUGGCGAGGAGGAUUACAACUUGUCGACUUGCCCUGUAAUUAUGUCGCCCUACCGCUGAAAUGAUGGAUCUUUACGAAUUUUCCAGUUUGCAGUAUUGAUUGACUCUCGGGGCCUGUUGAUUACCUGAAAGGUUGUGUUUUACUCUAAAAAAUGUGCAUGUUUUCAUGUGGUGACGUAACCAUUCAUCCAUAUAAAUGCCAAAGAUAUACACUUGUUUGGGAUAGAGAGGAAGUGGAUUGUAUGCUCCUCUUUCAAUGCCACUGGACUAGAUAUCCUGUCACAAAGAAACAAACCCAUUAACAUACAAAAUAAGGUAUUGCUCAUCACAGGUCACAUAUGAUGCUGUGAUUGUAUUUUUGAACUUAUAUAUGUGCAUGAGAAAGUUAACAUUGUGCUUGCGGAGACUGAGGUCCUUAUAUUGUUUUAAGUGUAUCCUGAUUGAUAUGUAGAGCCGUGUGAAUCAUUUUGCAAUUGUAUAUGCUCUUAAUACCUGGAACAAACUUGAUGGUGCAGAAAUGUUACAUAUCACAUUAUCCUCAACAUUAUGUCCUUUUUGUGUACAGGUGAUUUAACUCUAUUAUCAUGAUCAAGAGAAUCUGGUUGUGUUUAAAAAAUGUGUUUAUUCCUUCACAUAAGGAAACCUAUUGGGUUUUUUCAAUUUAUUUUUAUCAAGUUUCAGAAAUAUGCUUGAAUAGCUAGUACUGGUCAGCUAAAAAUGUCGAACCAGAGUCCUGUAGGUACUGGUUAGCUAAAAUGUCGAACCAGAUCCUGUAAGUACUUGCCAUGGUCAGCUAAAAAUGUCUAACCAGAAUUCUGUUACAACAUUUACUCAAAAGUAAUUGUCAAUAGAGUCAGAAAUAUUUAAAAAAAAAAUAAUAAUCUUAGUUUUCUAACUAAACAACUUACAAAAGAUGUAUUAUGUAUGUAAGUGUGUGUGUGUGAGGUUGUUGCACAAUUAUAUAUUCAAUUACAUUAUUCGUUUUGCUGUCAUUACUUUAAAACCACAAACAAUAUUACAAAAUGAUAAACAGUUGACUGUUGUAAACACUGUUUUGGUAAGACUUAAUGGCCAAAGUGAUGACUGGACAGUAUCUGUUAAGCAGUAUUAUCACAGAUAUCAAGUUCGUAAUGGUUUUAAUUACAGCAGGAUAAGCAUACUUGAUUCUUCAGGGAAAUAGUCAAUGUUGGAACCUUCCUUUUACAUACCAAAUGACUCGACCUUUUACUCAGAUAAGGUCAUGAAUAUGCAUAACCGUGACUGCCAAAUUAUAUAUGAAAUGUCAAACGAGCAAUGUAUGUUGUAGACCACACUUGAAUUAUGUCUAUCAUAUCCGCCCUUUGUAGAUCUUCCAGCACUUGUUUACCUCUCACUCGGUACUGUUUAGACCAGGCCAAACAAAUGUUUGUUUAUUGUAACCUCUCACUCGGUACUGUUUAGAUCAGGCCAAACAAAUGUUUGUUUAGUGUUACCUCUCACUCCGUACUGUUUAGACCAGGCCAAACAAAUGUUUGUUUAUUGUAACCUCUCACUCGGUACUGUUUAGACCAGGCCAAACAAAUGUUAGUUUAGUGUUACCUCUCACUCCGUACUGUUUAGACCAGGCCAAACAAAUGUUUGUUUAGUGUUACCUCUCACUCGGUACUGUUUAGACCAGGCCAAACAAAUGUUUGUUUAGUGUUACCUUUCACUCGGUACUGUUUAGACCAGGCCAAACAAAUGUUUGUUAAGUGUAACCUCUCACUCCGUACUGUUUAGACCAGGCCAAACAAAUGUUUGUUUAGUGUUACCUCUUGCUCCGUACUGUUUAGACCAGGCCAAACAAAUGUUAGUUUAGUGUUACCGCUCACUCGGUACUGUUUAGACCAGGCCAAACAAAUGUUUGUUUAGUGUAACCUCUCAAUCCGUACUGUUUAGACCAGGCCAAACAAAUGUUUGUUUAGUGAUGUAAAAUUUUGGGUCCAGCAUUUUAGGGCAAAAUGUUUUCAGAGCUUUUAAAUGUUUUGACCUCACUAAAGACUAAGAGAAACAAUAGGGAAAAUUAGUGUUUUGAAUUUUGAAUGAACAAUAAUUUCAGGUUUGCUGCAUGGUACAUGGUAGGCAUGGGGGGGAUAAAUGGUAUGUAAAGGGGGUACAAGGUAGGUAUAGUGGGGUACAUGGUAGGUGUAGGGUACAUGGUAGGUAUAGGGGGUACAUGGUAG